CCCUCCACCGUCUUGUUUUUCUUUCUUCUGACGUAAUUUCAGUAGGUGUUAAUUUAUGUUAUUAGUCAAUGAUUUCUGGCAACGGUAUCUCGCAAGGCCAUUGAAUACAGAAUAAACCACCCUCUAACCACUUAUUUUACGCAAAGCGGAAGUUGGCGAGCUGACAAAGAAUCGAGUUAGAUGCAAUGGCCUUUCGUCGCCCACCGUGCAUCGCGAAUCGUGAACGAAAAUCCACGACAGUGCGUGGUACACGCGUCUGACUCACGCGACUUGAUUUGGUUUUCAUGCGGGAGGGACAUGGCACACCUUCUUUUAACGCAACAUCUUCUCGGCUAAUUGUGAUUCAUCGACGGUAGCCAUCGAUAGCCGCGGCGUUUAUGGUAAUUACCCUUUGCGGUCCUCUACGACACGACGACGUCGUGUUUAACUCUACCUAUUAGAUGCGUCGCAUCUGACAAUUGUUCUGACUAUAAACGAAAAAAUCUCCCAGAAUGAUGAGCAACGUGUUAAUAGUCGACGAGUAUGCGGCGGAGUCAGUUUGGUUCGUGGUACCCGUCAACCGGUUGGUCAAUUUUGGCCCGAUCAGGGGACCCUCUUCCCGUCCUUCUGGGAUCGACAUCGAUUUUUGCUCUUUUCGAACCGGGUCAGCAAACUGUGGCGACCGACGAAGGACGCCAAGGGUGUUCUCCUCCCCUCCGUUCGUCCGGGGCUUCCUCCUUUUCCUCCACGUUCGCUUACCAAGCGCCUCGUUCUUUUCUUUUCUUGUUGGCGAAAUUUGGAAGUCGACGCCCGUCUCUCGGUCCGUUCGUGACAAGCAUUAAUCCUGGCAACGACCAAAGUAUCAUCCUCUUGUUGGCGUUUUACGGCGUUCCGCGGCUAAAUCGGGACCCCCGAGAGAUACGAUCGAUGAAUUUGAAACGGUAUUCAACCGGCCCGUCCUACGAAUCGAUUUCUCGAUCGUUUUUCUUUCGUCUGUCGUUUGGCCGCGCCGCGAUAUAACACAUUCACCCCUUCGUUUCUUUUUCUCUCGAUUCUUUUCCGUCAAUGAGACGAAACCGUUAAAGGACCGUGGAAUUGCCGAUCGUCAUGGUAAUUCGAUACGUUUAUUAGCCACGAUCAAAGGAUUAGAAUAUUCAGUUUAUACACAAGCAAGUUCCCAACGCAGACUCUGCGUUUACGUAAUUAAUUUAACGCCAGUAAAUCAACGAUACUCGUUUACGCGACACCUGCGGCAGAAUUCCAUCCGUGUGUUGGUGAAACGAAGUAUAGUCAGCAAAUGGAAAAGUAUCCCGUGUCCAGUGCCGUAAUAAUAAUCAUCCUCGGUACAGAGGGAUAAAAGUUUCUGCGGCUCUCAACCGCAGGAGGUUUCGAAUGAAACGAUUCGAAGCGGUCUGCGGGAAUGCAGUUGAUCCGACAAAAAUCAUAAAACUGUUCUUCUAGCCGCUUGGAUGGAAGCGAGUGAGCGAGCAAGCGCGUACGGUCAGCAACAUUGUAGAAUUUUUGUCGAGGAAAUUAGCAAAGAAGAGAAGGGGUUGUGUUUCCGCUGCGCCGCGAUUCCUUCGCUUUUUCUCGUGACAUUACCCUAGGCUGCUAGCUAAAUUCCUUUUCGUACGACCCUGAACCGAGCAUGGAAUCCAAAUGCCUGCUUAAGAGUUUGCUCUCUCCUCCUGUUGCUUCUUUGUUCGUACCGUGACAUCCGUGAAGAAUCGGAAGCUGGAAGAAGACAGUGGAGGCCAAAGGUCAAGAGACUACACCGCGUCGCGUUGCCACGGAAAACAAGCUCGGUUAAGAAAAUUACCAUUGUCUCGCGUCCCCGUUUAAAUUCCCUGGUCGUCUUGGUUUUUAUGCAAAUUUUUGUCUGUCGAAAGGAAGCAAGAAAAAUUCUUGGGCUGAAUCCUUGGCCCGUAGUUCGCGUUCGAAACGCGCAAACACGUUCUCCAAGAUAAAAUCGCGCAUUUUGUCGCGAUACGUGACCGUGCGCGUACAUACACAUAUGUACACAGCCGACAUCGACGAUUUCGUUUCAGCUCCAUCUUCUCUGCAAAGUCUAGUCGCUUUAAAUGGCAGCGACUGGCUCGCGACACGAUAUUCAACCGUAUAUUUUUCUCGGCCCAUCCUGGACAACCGCAAGCCGUAUCAAGUGCGUGUGUUGCGUAAUGCGUGUUGUACGUGUCGCGCGUCCAAGUCUUCCACCACAAUGGCGUUAACGAGCGGCAAUCGAGGACGGAAAGGCUACGCGAACGCGUCCGUUUGACUCGCGCCAUAACGCCUUCCGUGAUCGCGUUUCUGCUCACUCGAUGAUUCCAAUUUUUCUUAUUUUUAUCAUUCUGACUCUUCAUUCCAAAUCGAACCUUUUUAUUUGUCUGUAGAACGUUGAGUUACCUCGUUACCGAGGCAGUAACACGGAAAUCGGAGCAACUGCCUCUGGUCGCGAUUAAUUAUGCUCGACUCGGUUCGCAAUUAAAGAAAUUAGCGGGGAUAGGUAGACCGAGGCACGAUGUUCGUCGUCCAGCUGCAUCGGUGCUCUCUCGAAUGCAAAUCCAUUGUGCAACUACUGCAACGGGCCAGCAGUACAUACGGUGAAAUUCGUUCCAGUUGCGUUCGCGGCUCGUUAGCCGAUUACGCAACGUUGUGCAACCACUGUCUCUCAGGGGUAGCCUCGUGCCUUUUUCGACCUACCCUAAAACAGCUUCCCUCGAAUUCUCGAGCUGUUCGAACUUGAAAGAAACGAAAGAGGUGUCGGAAUAUCGGAUCACUCGAAUCGAGGACGCGACUACCUGGUUGAAAAGAGUAGGGGCAAAGCCAGCAGGGGAUACGGUGGUAGAUUAACGCGCGCAAGGUGCGUGGCCAAGCUGGUAACCGCGAUAACCGGGCAACGACGCGACGGACGUUGCGUACAAUGUCUCCUGGCACGGAUGUCGAUGACCCUCGAACGAACGUCAGUAUCGGAAGGAGGCGAAGAAGCGGGAGGUGGAGAAGGACGAAGCGGGCAGAAGACGGAAGAAGGUAAAUACGCGACGGUGAGAAGAUGUCGGGAGAGAUCAAGCGGAAGACAGUGGGCCGCCAAGUUCCUCAGGAAGAGGAGACGGGCGCAGGAACUGAGGGCGGAAGCGCUUCACGAGGUCGCGGUGCUGGAUGCUGCGGCUAAUUGUUCUCGUCUGGUGUCUCUUCAUCAAGUCUUCGAGACGACCACAGAGAUGGUAUUGGUUUUGGAAUUGGCCCCCGGUGGCGAGUUACAAAUGAUACUAGACAGAGACGAAGUUCCAGAGGAGCGACAGGUCGCCAGAUUGCUGAAGCAAAUUUUGGACGGAAUAGCGUUUCUGCAUUCCCUGAACGUGGCCCACCUCGACAUCAAGCCUCAGAAUCUGGUCCUCACCGGCGAGUUUCCCGACUGUGACGUGAAGCUCUGCGAUUUUGGUAUCUCGCGGUACAUCAGCCACGGCGCGGACAUCCGAGAGAUUCUCGGCACGCCUGACUAUGUUGCGCCAGAGGUGUUAAACUACGAGCCGAUCAGCUUGGCGACGGACAUGUGGUCGAUCGGAGUUUUGCUGUACGUGUUGCUAACGGGAUGCUCUCCAUUCGGCGGCGAUACCAAGCAGGAAACGUUCUGCAACAUUAGCCGAUGUCGCCUAGAUUUUCCUGACGACCUGUUCGAAGACGUGUCCGAGGAGGCGCGUGAUCUGAUGCGCAAGCUGAUGGUCAAGGAUCCAAACGAACGUUUGACCGUCACGGAAUGCCUUCAACACUCGUGGUUCGCCAUGUUCGAUGAUCCGCAACCACCUCUCUUGACGGCUAGUUGUCCAACGUUAAACGGGACCGCGAUCGAAGACGAGUCGUUGACCGAAACGAAAUCGGCCUCGAAAUCCAUUACGAUCGAACAAUCGUCGACGGUCUCGUCGAUCCCUAAAAACGACACGGAAAAGCACGGUCAGAGGACGUCGAACACGACCGCGUGCCAAAACGUUGAAACAAAACCGACGGCUACGCGAGCGGUCUCCUCGCACACGGAAAAUCUUUAUUCAAAGUCAAAGUUAUCGGCCAAACCGGUUAGAUACGGCUUGAGCUCCGACCGCAGGGACCAUUUCAAACGAAACAUGGAUUCACUGGCGCAGAGAUUUUCCGGGGCGGAAAUCGUGCUAAUCGAGUCGGUGUCGUCCACGGGUACCAGCGUGUCCACAAACGCGUCGAGCGGAACUCAGAGGAGGGCGACUGCCACCCACACGAUGCCCGCCGGUGAGGUGUUUAAAUGCACGCCCGUGUUCAUUUUAGGCGAAGAGCAGCACUGCAGCGACAGUGGUAGCGACACGGUAUCCGAAAUCUCGACGGACAGCUCGAGCGAUCGGAGCAGCGUUUAUUCGGACGAUUCGUUGGAUUUCAUUAUGUACGGAAAGACUCAAAGCAGAGCCAGUUUUCCAUUCGCGAGCACAGACUCGUCGUCGGACAGAUGGGAACAAAGGCACCAUCAUACGAGGGCGUGGCCGAGGGAAUGCAACGGAGUCGUGAGCAAAGUUCUCAGCCGUUUCUCAUGUGAAACGUCUAACGCGAAAUUUAGCAAAGCAUCCAGCCCGCCGACGGUACACGGAAAGACCGGGUUGGAAGCGCUUCGAGAAAGGGGCGGAAAUUUCGUGGUAAUCCGCGAGCCAGUCAGAGCUGGCAGGUACACCAGGUACAGCGAGGUACAAUGCGAGUCGGUGCAGGCACGGAUUCGCCGGUUUCAGAUUCAUGGGGCCUCGUAGACGCGAAAAAGACCUAGAUUCUUGGUCUCUGAACGGCUUUCUCGAGCAGCUUCAAAGUCUCGGAUCCACCCGAUCCGUUGUACAUAUAGUUUUACGGUGUACAGUACAUAGUUCGAUAGCCCGCGUUACGAAAACUCGGUAUCCAGUUACGCGACGUAAUUGGCACGAAAAGGCGUGGGUUCGAGCAAAUGGUUGGCUGUAAAUACACAUCGAGGAUGGCUGUUCAAGUACGAGGGUACCGAUCGUUCGUGACGCGUACUGUAUAUAAUAUUCGGACGACCGAGAUUCUACGAGUGCGUCGAGUUUCGACGGUUUUAUCGUACGUAAGUGGAAGGAAGGGAAAUUCCUUGGGUGUGUAAAUAGGUACGGUUGAAUUCGUGAUGGUAGCAGGGAUUUUGAAUGAACGAAUUUGAGUGAAUCGAAUGCGAGAGGAAACGAGACGCAUCGUUUGGCAGCUCGUCGUCUGCCAUUACCGAGAGACUGACCUGAUCGGCCAUCCUUUCGAGUUGAAAUGUAUAAAACCUGCGCGAGUUUAGCGCGAUCGAUGCAUCGAGUUGCCCGCGAAACGAAAGUCUUGAACCACUUGAUUAUUACGUAAGUAGAAAAUGUCAGGUAUACAUCAGACAGACUUGGUUGAGAAGCGGAGAGUGGCAGGCACGAUUGCUCUGGGGAGAAUUUGAUUCGAGAAAUCGGUAGAGUGACUCGAUGCCUCGAGCGAGAAAUUUCGCGAUCUUAGCCAUAAUAAUCGAUCGGGGCCGUGAUAGCAGUAAUCCGAAUUACCUGGAGGUCCGUUCGACGGAUCUCGUUAAAAUCGAAAUUCGAUAACUUCGGUGCCUUUAUAGUAAACGUUAAGCGUUAAGAGAAUUGUGUGUGCGUCACGCACACACUCGGGUCGCGCUCGUUUUACGCAUUCGUGUGUAUACGCGUGCACGCACGCGAUUAAACAUCAAGACCUGCGUUUAUUAAUAUUUAUGCUUGUACGCGUAUAUCCGCGUAGAUCGUGCUCGACGACCACGAGUGCAAACGCACACUCGUAGUGCCUACUUUUCUUUGUCCCGUUCGCACCAGCAUGUCCCGCCACGGAAAUACGCGUCGUUACGUCGCGACAAAAGUCAUCCAUCGAGUGCACGAUGGUGGUGGUGAUGAUGAGAGGAAGAGAGAGAGAGAGAGAGAGAGAAAGCGAGAGAAAGAGAAGAGUCGGCGAACGAGCAAAGAAAUCUGCCCGUUUUGCACAGUGCCUUAAAUUCUACGGACCAUUAUUUUACGAGUUGCCUCGUGAUCGAUCGAUCGAAAUUGAGAGCCUAAACUAGCUUUAGGCGUCUACAAUUCUUCUCGUUGGUUCGAUAGCGUCUUUCGAGAGUAAUCGAUUCGACGUUACGAAUCCUCUCGAUCGCUGAGUACCACGUGUUACACCACUAAGAAGAACCUCGGUUUGUACAAGCUUUUGUUUCUUUUUUUUUCUUCAUGCUAUUGUAGAACUGCCGUAAUCAUAGAGACAAGUCCUUUCAGACAGUCGUUCAGACACAGACACGAGAGUAAAUUUUGUACACGAGGAGUAGGAAGAAUCAGGAGCUGCUCGAUCAUCGAACAAACUUGCGAUCUUCGCGAACUCCGUGCAGCUGCAGGAAUCAAACGUACAGGCGUGUAUGUAUAAAGAAAUCAUAAGUAUACAUAUAAUUAGAAGGGUGGAAAUCAGAAGGGCGGACGCUGUAAAACCUUGUGGAGCCGAAACUUCCGUGAUCGGAGGGGUCGCUCUAUAAAUGCUAGUCAUACGCGUUGCUCGUCCUCUUGUUCGAACUCGUUCGUUUCCCUUAUCGUUCUUCAUUCUGCGGAAAGUGCAAGGAUGAAAACUGGAGAGGCGGAAAGAUUCGAGGAGGAGAGACGAGCGUGUACCAAUCGGAAUGACGAAUCGCGCGUCGACGCUAAGAAAACGUUUCCUAUCUUUCGCUACCGUGGAAAUGAAAAGCAAAGGGAGGGCAGGUGGAAAGAGAGAAAGAGAAAAGUUUGGAAAUGCGAUCGAUUGAAUAACAAAGCCUCUCGUCAUUUCGUGGAGCUUAACCUCGUAGAUCGAGGAGGAGUCGGUAUUAUCAAACUUUGAUCCCACGAACGAAUUCUAUAGGAGGCGUUCGCUGAAAUUCUAACGCGUACACGGGGACAUCGAGACGCACGACGAUAAGAACGUAAAGGUAACGCUUCGAACAAACGAUACAUUGUCGUAGGAUGUACGGGAUGAGUGAACGAGUGAAGUGCUUGGGUGAAUUCAAAGAUAAAAAUCAUCGAGACCUGUAUAAUAUAAUAGUUUGAUUAACGCGGUAGAGAAGGGUAUGCAUCCGAGCGAGUCGGUUUACCAUUUCUCGAGACAGAUUCGUCGUUAUUUAUUUCCGUCUGCUUUCUGUCCGACAUCGUAUUUAUAAUUCUUUUGCGUUUGCAUUUUAUUAAUUCGUAUCGUUUUCUAUUUUUUUCUUUUACUCGGAUACACCCCCUGUUCUCCAACUUAUUCAACUAUUAUCGUCGUCGUCUUUGUCGUCGUCGUCGUUGUUGCUGUUAUCAUCAUCGUUAUCACUCUCAUCACCAUCAUCCUUAUGAUUAUUAUUAUAAUUACAAUUAUUAUUAUUAUUAUUACUGGUACGUUAUCGUUGUAACGUUUAUUAAUACCGAGGUUAAUUACGAGGAGAAUAAUCGCGCGUAUAGGCGUUAAGAUCUUGUGUAAAUAUCUCUGUCAUUGUAUUAAUUUUAAUAAUGUGCGAAAUAAAAUGCCGCAAAUUAUUCGAA